AUGGCGAUAUUUAAUAGGAAGGUGUAUGCUGUUAUUUUUUGCACACUGGUGGUGGUGGUGGUGGUGGUGGUAACUGUCAGUGUGAUGAUAUACAGGGCCUCUUUGUAUAAGAGGCCCAAUUGCCCAGAAGGGACUUUCGAGCAUGCUGCUGUAGCUGCGGACAACGUCAACUGCUCCAAGAUAGCAACCAACAUUCUUAAAAAAGGCGGCUCAGCAGUAGAUGCCACCAUCGCUGCACUUCUGUGCACCAGCAUCAUGAACCCGCAGAGCGCGGGGAUCGGAGGAGGGGCCAUUUUCACCAUAAUGAACAGCUCUGGUAAUGUGAUGAUUAUCAACUCAAGGGAGACCGCACCGUCUAGUGUGGACCGUACUCUGCUGAAGUCCUGUCCGGAGAAACCUUCACAGGCUAAUGGAAGCAAAUGGAUUGGAGUUCCAGGGGAAAUUCGAGGCUACGAAUUGGCUCACAAACUUUAUGGAAAACUGAAUUGGACAGAUCUGUUCAAUGAGACUAUCAAGCUGGCCAGAGAGGGAUUCCAUAUUCCUCCAGUUCUUGGCUCCUACAUUGCAACAAUUAAUGAAACUAAAUCCUUGAAGAAACUAUAUUCAGAUAAAAAUGGAAACCUGCUGAAGACUGGAGAUGUGAUUAAGUUUGAGAAACUGGCCGACACUUUGGAGCUGAUUGCAAACAAAGGAGCUGACGCCUUCUACACCGGAAGGGUAGCAAAGGAUUUAGUCGAUAUUUCAGGAGGAGAUCUGACAGUGAAGGAUUUAGAGUCAUAUAACGCCACAGUGACUGAGGCAUGGGAUGUCCCUGUGGGAAAGGAGUACCGCAUGUAUAUGCCCCCACCCCCAUCAGGAGGACCGCUCCUCAGCUUCAUCCUCAACUUCAUGAUGACGAAAAUGACAGAUUAUGAAAACAAACCAGCCCCUCAGUCUUUUGAAGACAAGACUAUGUUUUAUGAUUACUAUAUUCAAGCUCUUAAACGGGCCAAUAAACUAAAGAAGUGCAUUCGGGAUCCAAACUUCACUCCACCUGAAUUUUUGCAGAAGGCAGAGGAAAUGACAGAUAUUAACUCUGCUAACAACAUACAGGACAACUGUACACGCACCAAAAACAACAUCACCUGUCAUGAGAGUGUGGGUACCACACACGUGUCUGCGGUGGACAAAAAUGGAAUGUUUGUUGCCGUCACCAGCAGCAUCAAUGCCGUAUUUGGCUCCAAAGUCUACUCUCCAAACACAGGAAUCCUCCUCAACAACCAUCUGUGGGACUUUUGUGGGAGGGUCAAUAAAAGCAUUGAGGAAAUCUCUCCAGGGGAGCGGCCCCCCUCCUCUAUGGCCCCUGUUGUGCUGAAGUCUAAUUCUAAACCUGAGUCAAAGAUGCUGGCGAUUGGUGGGAGUGGUGGGAGCAUGAUUACGACAGGGAUAGCCUCUGCUCUCAUCAACGAUCUUUGGUUUAGGAAGAGCCUCAAGGAGGCGAUUGAUACUCGUGUUGUCUAUGUUGACUGUGACAACAAAGUGAAUUUAGAACCCAGCUUUGACAAUAAUGUAAUUAAAGAACUUGAGGAACGUGGACAUGAACUAGGAAACAGAUUCUACAAUGUGGUUAACGCUGUGGAGAAAAAAGACGGCUGCAUCAGUGCUGUGUCUGACGACAGGAAGCUGGGUGAAGCAGAUGGUUAUUGACAAAACCAGUUAGUAAAGCUGGUUAUGGAGGAUGUCCUGAAAAUUGGUGAGAUCUUCCUGCAGCUGAAGGUGUCUGUUGUUCUUAAACAUCAUUGAACAACACGCGGUGAAAUGGUUUUAGUUUGCUGGAUGUUUUCUGUAACAUGGCUUCCUGUUACUGGAAUGAGCCGACCGACUGUACCCAGAUGUUAUCAAGGAAAAAAAAAAG